AGAGUGUCCUGCUUCGUAGACAGUAUCCUUCUUUCACCUUAACAUUCCAAAUCUUUAUUCCUUUGACGACAGCGCCGUCGCCAAUCUCAUCUCCACCUCCAUCCGCUCCGCCCUAGACUGCCCAGCAACUUCCCGUAACUACCUCGCAAACCUCCUCCUCCUCCUGCCUCCGCCACAAGUUGAUUUUGAUUCCGAAUUUUUCAUCCAUCGAUAUCAGAUUGAGAAUCAGGGUUGGGUAGUUUUCGCUGAAAAUGCCGUCUCUUCAAACAGCACUGCCUCCUGAGCUGGCCAACAAUGCCAUUAGGCUUUACCGUGAAUGCCUACGAAGAGCUAAGUAUAUUGGCCAUCGGCAACAUAACACACAGCUUCUUGUUGAUAUGGUGAGACAACAGUUUAAGCAAAACAUGCACGAGACAGAUCCUGAAAAGAUUCAGCAGUUAAAGGAUAAUGCAGCAAGGGGACUUAUCAACCACAUACUAUACGAGUCUGAGCAAUUGUCUGGUCGUAAAUUUAGCAAGAGUCCUAAAGCAGUUUAGUUGGCUCUGUUCUUAAUGAUUCAACCCCUUCACCAAUGCAAGGUUUGGCAGAUCUUCCAUUGGCCGAACCUUCCAAAGGGCUGGAGAGAUUGUUAUACUCGUGAAAAAAAAAAAAAAUUGUAGAAAAUAGCAUGGUGGCUUUUUCUCUUUUACUAGUGCUAUUCAUGUCAAGAGUUCUAAAGUUUCUUGAAAUUACAUUUUACGUUCUGUCAAAUGACCUUGUCUAUGAUACAUUAAAAGAUUCCAAGGUGAAGUCUCCUUCAAGA